AUGAUCAGUUUCAAAUCAUAUAAAAUCAAUAUGGCGAAUGUGGACAGGCGUGUGCAUGUCGACCAUUCUGACAAACGAAUUCAUAUUCAGCCGCAGUACGAAGGUGAUGUCGGUUAUGGUUAUGGUGGUAAUACUGAUUACAAGAGUAGAGGCCCCUCCAGUAACCAAAUCAUGUCACUUAUAGUAGGAGUUCCCGUUGGUGGCUCACUGCUAGCCCUAGCUGGACUCACUCUAGCCGGCUCAGUGAUAGGUUUGAUGCUCUCCGUUCCACUCUUCCUCCUCUUCAGCCCGGUGCUUGUCCCUGCGGCUAUCACUAUUGGGCUAGCUGUGACCGCAAUCUUGGCUUCUGGGUUGUUUGGGCUUACGGGUCUAAGCUCAGUCUCAUGGGUCCUAAACUACCUUCGUGGGACGAGUGACACAGUGCCGGAGCAAUUGGACUAUGCUAAGAGGCGUAUGGCUGACGCAGUAGGCUAUGCUGGUCAGAAGGGAAAAGAUAUGGGUCAGUUUGUGCAGGAUAAGGCCCAGGAAGCACAUGAUACUAAUAUCACCACCGAGACCAAUGGUAAGGCAAGGAGGCACACAUAAAAUUGCGAAGUUCUGUUGAAAAGUCGAUUAUGUAAUUUUACUUUCGUGUGCCAUGUUCUUCCUUCUAGAAUAUUUUCUCAAUAUGUAUGUGUGUAUGUUCGUUUUGUUAUGUUCAAAUAAAAAGAAACUGUGAG